CUCCUGUGGAGAUACUUCUUUAUUUCUUUGGGUCUCCAAACUUUCCACAUCCAACAUUCCAUAACAAAAGAUGGAAUCUAAAGUCUCUGAAGGUGGUCUAAAUGUGACUCUCACCAUCCGGUUAUUGAUGCACGGAAAGGAAGUUGGAAGCAUCAUUGGGAAGAAAGGAGAGACAGUGAAAAAGAUGCGUGAAGAGAGUGGAGCACGAAUCAAUAUCUCAGAAGGAAAUUGUCCAGAAAGAAUUGUGACCAUUACAGGCCCUACUGAUGCCAUCUUCAAAGCUUUUGCAAUGAUUGCUUAUAAAUUUGAAGAGGAUAUAAUCAACUCAAUGAGUAACAGCACAGCUACAAGUAAGCCCCCAGUUACAUUACGGUUGGUUGUACCAGCAAGCCAGUGUGGAUCAUUAAUUGGCAAAGGAGGCUCCAAGAUUAAAGAAAUAAGGGAGUCCACAGGUGCUCAGGUUCAGGUGGCAGGGGAUAUGCUGCCCAACUCUACGGAAAGGGCAGUGACCAUCUCAGGGACCCCCGAUGCAAUUAUCCAGUGUGUCAAACAGAUCUGUGUGGUGAUGCUGGAGUCCCCACCGAAAGGUGCCACCAUCCCCUAUCGCCCAAAGCCUGCCUCCACCCCUGUCAUUUUUGCAGGUGGUCAGGCCUAUACAAUUCAAGGACAAUAUGCAAUUCCACAUCCAGAUCAGUUGACCAAGCUCCACCAGUUGGCUAUGCAGCAAACCCCCUUUACUCCCCUUGGACAGACCACCCCUGCUUUCCCUGGAGAAAAGCUGCCCUUACAUUCCUCCGAAGAAGCUCAAAAUCUGAUGGGCCAGUCCUCAGGUUUGGAUGCCAGUCCCCCGGCCAGUACUCAUGAACUCACCAUUCCCAAUGAUUUAAUAGGCUGCAUAAUUGGACGCCAAGGGACCAAAAUUAAUGAAAUCAGGCAGAUGUCUGGAGCACAGAUCAAAAUCGCCAAUGCCACAGAAGGCUCAUCAGAGCGUCAGAUCACCAUCACUGGAACCCCAGCCAACAUCAGCCUUGCACAGUACCUCAUCAACGCCAGGCUGACGUCUGAGGUCACUGGAAUGGGCACACUCUAAUUUGUCCCUGUCAUCCUUCAUUCUACAUCUCCUGACUCCAUCAAGUUAACGAUCCUUCAUUCAGCUUGUACAGUCUGCAUAUUUACUGCUUCACACACCCGUCUUCUCUCUUAGGGCAUUUUUCUUCAAAAUGGAAUGUGUGCAUGUACAUCCACACUCACAUGCCCAUGUUAAUAAGUGUCUUUAUGAGUUGCAUUUUGUGCUCCUGAUUUUCUUUUAAAAUUUAAUUUAUGCUCCAGGCCACUCUGUGUUUCAGAUGUGCAGUGCAUAUUAAUUUAAAUAGAUUUUGCUGGGGCUUUCUUUCAUACAACUUCAGAGAAGGCAUUCUCACUAGCCACAGUUUAGCUGGACCUCAUUACCUUAAUUCUCCCAGCUUUUUUUCAGCAUCUGCAAUAAUUCUGAGACUGAGCCUCAUUUAGAGCAAUAGUUGCUUUGAAAUAGUUAUUUGGUUAUGUCAUUAUUCUUGCAGUUUUUAAACCUCACUGGUUCUCGCCUCAUCCUUAAAAGUAUCCUUAGGAUCUGGCAUGGCCUCUUCCAUUAAAAUGGAGCAGACAAGUGCCAGUGAGCCUCAGCAGGAAUCCUACUGGUUUCCAGGUAGUUCCUG